AUGGCUAUGGAUGCGUAGGGCCGGGAGGAGCAGGGGAAUCGGGAGGGGAAUGCCAGGAUAACCAUGGGCAGGACCAGGGACAGCGGGCCGUGUGAGGAUCCAGAGGUACUGGGGACUUGGGAGGGAUGCUGGCACGGGCAGAGGUGGGGCCAGCAGGACCCGGGCGCUGGGCUCACCACGUCCCUGCGGCCUCACUCACGGCCGCGCAGCGGGGCCACUGGCGCUGGCGCGGGACCUGCUGGCCGAGGACGGGGAGCCCUUCUUUGUCCUCAACAGCGACGUGAUCUGCGAGUUCCCCUUCGCGGCGCUGGCCCAUUUCCACCGGCAGCACGGCGGCGAGGGCUCGCUGGUGGUGACCCGCGUGGAGGAGCCGGCCAAGUACGGCGUGGUGGUGUGCGAGGCCGACACCGGCCGCAUCUGCCGCUUCGUGGAGAAGCCGCGCGUCUUUGUGUCCAACAAGAUCAACGCUGGGCUCUACAUAUUUAACCCCGGCAUCUUGCAACGCAUCCAGCUACGCCCCACCUCCAUCGAGAAGGAAAUCUUCCCAGCCAUGGCACAGGAUGGGCAGCUCUACGCCAUGGAGCUACAGGGCUUCUGGAUGGACAUUGGGCAGCCAAAGGACUUCCUCACGGGCAUGUGCAUGUACCUGCAGGCGCUGCGGGCUCAGCACCCCGAGAAGCUGCACUCGGGGCCCGGUGUCGUAGGGAAUGUGCUGGUGGACCCCAGUGCCAAAAUUGGGGCAAACUGUGUCAUCGGCCCCAACGUGACAAUCGGGGCUGGCGUGGUGGUGGAGGACGGGGUGCGCAUCAAACGCUGCACUGUGCUGGAAGGGGCCCGCAUCCGCUCCCAUUCCUGGCUGGAGUCCUGCAUCGUGGGCUGGAGCUGCUCCGUGGGGCAGUGGGUGCGCAUGGAGAACGUGACUGUGCUGGGCGAGGACGUCAUCGUCAACGACGAGCUCUACCUCAACGGGGCCAAUGUGCUGCCACACAAAUCCAUCUCCGAGUCCGUGCCAGAGCCACGCAUCAUCAUGUAGCAGCCCCCAGCAGACCCUGUGCUCCCAGCUCUCCUUGGAUUAAAUAUUUAUAUUUCCAUUUAC